GCGGCGUCGUGCGGCUGAGCCCGAGCGCCGGGGCUGCGGAGGGCGGGCGGAAGACACCGCGUACGAAGCUGCCGCCGCCGCUGCUCUCUCUGCGCCAGAAGGUGCUGCUUGUUCACCUCUCCUUGAAGACUUACUCAUCGCCGAAGCAGCUUUGAGUAAACCUCGUGUCCCCGCCUGAUAAGUGACUCUCACGGGAAGCCGCAUGUCAGAAGCAGAGGCCAGAGGCUGAGCCCUGCUUACUUCAACAGUUACAGAAGUCAGUUGCAGUUGGUGGAAUCUCAGACCUCCUGAGACUGACCACGUGUAUUUUCAGAAGCACACCCACUUGUGAGCAGCAGAAACCUGAGAAGAUGAGAAGAGGAAGCUUAAGCCCAGUUCCUGAGAUCUGAAGAUUAAGUUUAAGCCUGGUUCCAGAAUUGGAAAUGCAGCUGAUGGUGCUGAAGCAACACUGAGUUUCCUGAAAUACCUGCAGUCCAGUGUGUAUAUAGAAAGUGUCUGCUGCCCCUCCCAAAUGUUCAUGGUCCUGUGUCUUCAAAAGAUGCAUUCUGGGACAAGAAAACACUGACUGUGUUGAGUAUAAACUUACAUAAGUUCUAAAGAUGGGAAGAAUUUUUCUGGAUCAUAUUGGUGGCACUCGCCUGUUCUCCUGUGCAAACUGUGACACAAUUCUGACCAAUCGUUCUGAGCUCAUCUCCACUCGUUUUACAGGGGCUACAGGAAGAGCCUUUCUUUUUAACAAGGUGGUAAAUCUGCAAUACAGUGAAGUUCAGGAUCGGGUCAUGCUCACGGGCCGCCACAUGGUUCGAGACGUGAGCUGCAAGAACUGCAACAGCAAACUGGGUUGGAUCUAUGAAUUUGCCACUGAAGACAGCCAGCGCUACAAGGAAGGCCGUGUUAUCCUGGAAAGAGCUUUGGUCCGAGAGAGUGAAGGAUUUGAGGAGCAUGUUCCAUCUGACAAUUCCUGAAGAGACUCAAGUCUCUCUGCAGGUUCUCUUCAAUUGAAACUCAAAAAUAAUAAAAUCAACAACAAAAAAAUCUGCUUACAUACACUGUCACCUUAGCAUCAGAGUUGGAUUCAUGGACUACAAAGUGGGAAAGAUUGUGAGAGUAUUUCAAAUGGAACCUUCUUUCCUUUAUUCCUUUUAUAUUUUACUUUCCCUCCAGCAGCUGUUUGUAGAAAAAAUGUUGUGCAGAUGCUGUAACUUUUUCCUCUCUUGUUUUUACACGUUAGAUUUGAGAUUGUAUCUACAGAUACAACAGGCUAAAAGGAAAGUAUUUGGAAGAUUUGUGAUUCGAUAGAGAGAAAUGUAAUGAGUUUUUUUUAGUUUUCACAAACUGAUGCCAGCAUAAUGUUAUUUUAAAACUACAGAUGUUUUUUAAAAAGUAGAUUCCAAUUUCUGGCUUAAGGUUUUAGUUAGGUUUUUGGUUUGGUUUGGUUUUUUGUGUUUUUUGUUUUUUUUUUUACCCAGUCUUUUCACCUGAUUUGCUAGCUAAAGUGAAAAGAUCUGAAUUUGUGCUGAGUGCUAAAGGUUCAGUGUUGGUACAGCUUGGGCUGGCCCUUGUGCCAUAUUCUUGUUGAGGUUGAUUGGUAGCACAGAGCCCACUAUUUCUUCUCAUUCUUGACCCAAAGAUGUCACCAUUCCUUGAUUAUUUGUGAAGUUCCAUUCACCAUGUAAACUACUGUUGAUUGGAAACUGUUCUUGAAAUAGGGCAAAACUGCUUGGCUUAUUAAAACUAACUAAUGUAACUUACAAGCAUAGUAAAAAUAUAAAAUAAUAGUUGUCUGUUUAGUCUUACAUUGCUUACAAAUCAGAAGCUGUGUUUGUAAUGUACUGAGAAACUACUGUUUCAGUAGUAGUUGGUUGGGUUUUUUUUUGUUUCUCUACUAAUCUCAGUAAGAAGACAGGCAGUUGCAAAUCUUAAUUCUUCAAGUAGCUUUCUUUAAACCCAGAACUUCCUAUGUUAAAUAAAGUGGGUGUGUAAAAGGAGACGAUUGCCAGCAUGUUUGUUCAUGUCUAGGGUUUUGCAAUCUGCAUCUCCUGAAAAAAAUAACAUAAACAGCUUGUUUUCAAAUGCUGCUUCUGGUGUUAAAACCUUUAUCUUUCAACUUUGUUAAACCUUUUCAUUGUGAUGUUACAUUUUUAUCUUUCUGGGCAGCAGUACAUGUCAGCCUAGUAGUAACUACUAGUUACUUGGAUUCCUGCUUUCUUUUUGUAGAGGUCAGCUCUGUUUAAACCAGUGAUCUUGCUUGCCUUUUUAGCAAAACUCUCUUCAUUAACUUAACUUAAGGGUGCCCAAACACUUUAAUUCUGUCUUAAGCCAUAAAUUAAGAUAUCAAAGGCUGAAAUGUAUUUGAAUGCUAGGUAGGUAUGAUUCCUUACCAAAGAUACAAGUUUAUUUUUUUCUUAUUGGAUAAAUUGUGGUCAACAUGAAGUAAAUUACCCACAGACAUACAAGAGAGGAAAAAAAACUCCACCCAAUCAAACAGAUGUGGGCUUUGACCUUUCUGAAAAACUUUUCUUCACUAGCCACACCUCCGUAUCUGAAACUAAAAUGUGGAGGGUGACAAUGCAGAGUAUUUUUCUUUUUUUUCUUUUGGUUGCCAGCUGGCAAUUUGGACACCCCUGACUUGAAUCUACUGCCUGUUUCAUCUAAAAGUAACUAUUUAUGUAAUUGUCACGUGGCAAAAAAAACAGAGUAGAUCACAUACCAGACCUAUGCUUUAAUUAAAUUAAACAAUACUUAAACAAUAGUGUGCUUGUGCCUCAAAUGAAUCAGUUUUUGCACUGAGUGCAUUAUCUUGUACUUCUGUCCUUCACAGGCCCUAAAAGCCCCACCAUUAGCAUGGUUCUCUGCAGUACUUUUCUUGUACUUCUGACAUUACAGUACAAUAAAGUAUGUUUUGUCCUGAACUGA